AUGGCUUCGUUCAUCACCACCAUGUCUGUCCCCGCUGCUCCUGCCCCUGUCCAUCUCUCCACACCAGAUGCGGUGUCGCGCUCCCCGCCAACCCGUUCCCCUUCCCUCAGUCUGAGCCCCUCGGGCAUCUAUCAGACCACACGCACCUCCCAUCUUCCAUUGCUCGAGCCUCCCUCCUACCUCUCGCCAGCAGUGCGCGCACUCAAACAAGGUGUAUUUGGACUAACCCCUCCCAGCAAUGCACGGACGCGAGCCCCCUUCAAGCCCCGAUCCGCCGCCAAGGGCACAAGUAGUUACCAGCUGAGGCAAUUUGCCGAGGCCACCUUGGGAAGUGGCAGUUUGCGCAAGGCCGUCAAGCUUCCUGAGGGCGAGGACCUGAAUGAAUGGCUCGCGGUGAAUGUCGUCGACUUCUACAACCAGAUCAACCUGCUCUAUGGCUCUAUAACCGAAUUUUGCUCCCCGCAGACUUGCCCUGAAAUGAAGGCAACUGACGAGUUCGAGUACCUCUGGCAAGAUUCAGAAAACUACAAACGGCCCACCAAGAUGUCCGCGCCCGAAUAUAUUGAACACCUGAUGAGUUGGGUACAAAGCAAUGUCGAUAAUGAGCAAAUGUUCCCCAGUCGCAUCGGUGUUCCAUUCCCCAAAACCUUCUCCAGUCUUUUGCGCCAAAUCUUCAAGCGUCUGUACCGUGUCUACGCCCAUAUCUACUGCCACCACUACCCCGUCGUCGUACAUUUGGGUCUCGAGCCCCAUCUGAACACCAGCUUCAAGCACUACGUCUUAUUCAUCGACGAACACAAGCUGGCUAGCGGGAAGGAUUAUUGGGGACCACUCGGUGACUUGGUGGAUAGUAUGCUGAAGAGCGACUGA